CAGUAGAAAUAUGCAUUUCCAUAAUACCACCUUUGAACUGAUGAAGUGGAAGUACAGAUGAAAACAGUCUGGAGGAAGCUUGAAGUACAAUACAGUUUCAUUCAGUUCCCUAAUUCUGAGGAAACARAGGUGGAAAAGUUACAGAAGCAUCUUUGCAGUCAAGCACCAAAUCUCSUAUUAGGCUUCACCGAACAGACUGAGCUUAGCAUUUGUCAAGCAGAAGGGCCGGUCRCCCUCACAGGAAGGAUUAAAAGUGAACAAUGACUCGAUUGARAGUUCAUGAGCAAUUGCUUGGAGCCUAUCUGCUUAUCAUUCUCCAUGUUCAAGGUCAAAAGCUAGACAGCAUGCUUCAUGGUACGGGAGUGAAGACAAAUUCUGACCAAAAGAAACAAGCGAAUGGAGUCACACUUGCUCCAGAGGACACCUUACCUUUCCUUAAGUGCUACUGCUCAGGACAUUGCCCAGAUGAUGCCAUUAACAACACAUGCAUAACUAAUGGGCAUUGCUUUGCUAUCAUUGAGGAAGAUGAACAUGGAGAACCCACGCUUGCUUCUGGCUGCAUGAAGUAUGAAGGUUCAGACUUCCAGUGCAAGGAUUCGCCUAAAGCACAGCUACGUCGAACGAUUGAGUGCUGUCGUACUGAUUUCUGCAAUCAGGAUUUACAGCCAACRUUACCACCUCUUGACAGUACAGAUGGACUUUUUGAUGGCAGCAUUCGUUGGAUGGCACUGUUGAUUUCUAUGGCAGUCUGCAUAAUUGUCAUGGUCAUCUUACUUAGCUGCUUUUGUUACAAGCAUUACUGUAAGUCGAUGGCAAAGAGGCACUGUUAUAAUCGGGACCUGGAACAAGAUGAAGCAUUUAUUCCAGCUGGGGAGUCAUUAAAAGACCUUAUUGACCAGUCACAGAGUUCUGGGAGUGGAUCAGGRCUACCAUUAUUGGUUCAGCGCACUAUUGCCAAACAAAUUCAGAUGGUGAGGCAAGUUGGAAAAGGACGAUAUGGUGAAGUGUGGAUGGGCAAAUGGAGGGGUGAAAAAGUUGCAGUCAAAGUGUUUUUCACCACAGAAGAAGCCAGCUGGUUCCGAGAAACAGAGAUUUACCAAACUGUUCUCAUGCGCCACGAAAACAUCCUCGGUUUCAUAGCAGCAGAUAUUAAAGGCACUGGCUCGUGGACACAGCUUUACCUGAUCACAGAUUAUCAUGAAAACGGAUCCUUGUAUGAUUUUCUGAAGUGCACUACGCUGGACAACAGGGCUCUGCUCAAAUUGGCCUAUUCUGCUGCGUGUGGCCUGUGCCACCUACACACAGAGAUCUACGGGACACAGGGCAAGCCUGCCAUUGCACACAGGGACCUGAAGAGUAAAAACAUCUUGAUAAAGAAAAACGGAACCUGCUGCAUCGCAGACUUGGGACUUGCAGUCAAGUUUAACAGUGACACAAAUGAAGUUGAUGUUCCCUUGAACACUAGAGUGGGGACAAAACGUUACAUGGCUCCAGAAGUCCUGGAUGAAAGUCUGAAUAAAAACCAUUUCCAGCCAUACAUCAUGGCUGACAUCUACAGUUUCGGGCUGAUCAUUUGGGAAAUGGCUCGGCGCUGUGUCACAGGAGGUAUUGUUGAAGAAUAUCAGUUGCCAUAUUAUGACAUGGUGCCAAAUGAUCCAUCCUAUGAGGACAUGAGAGAAGUGGUGUGUGUCAAACGCCUGCGCCCAGUGGUGUCGAACAGGUGGAACAGCGAUGAAUGUUUAAGAGCAAUAUUGAAGUUGAUGUCUGAGUGCUGGGCCCAUAAUCCUGCCUCAAGGCUCACUGCUUUGAGGAUCAAGAAGACACUUGCCAAGAUGGUGGAAUCACAAGAYGUAAAGAUUUGACAUAGGAAACUGACUUUGGAGAGCAAAGCUGGACUCCCUAGAUCUUCUCACUCCGACGUGGGUGAGGAAGAUAGAAAUAGGAAAGAGGAAAUAACUGAGAUUCAGUAUAUUUUCUCAGCACACUUCUACAGGCUGCUAAYGAAAUCUUCCAGUACUUCACAGACCGUGGUGCUGAGAGCUCUGUACACUACAUGCCAUGGAUACGGACAGCCUUGAGAAAAUACACGUUUUGUUUUGGUUUGAGCUGCAUUGAGACUUCAGUCAUACUUAGUGAGUCUCCAGUGAAACUCUGGGUACUGAAUUGAAUGUUCAGAUUACAGUGCUUUCUGUGAAAGCCUAACAAGCUAUAUGGAUACAACAGAGAUGGAGAAUAUAAGCUUUUUUUUUUUUUUUUUGCCUUCUACCUGAUAAAACCUAGUCAAUCCAUACCAAGUUUUUGUGAAACAGCCUGUAGGUUAUCAAUCUGUUUGUGAUACUGCUCAGUUUAACAGUUCUUUAUGCCUUUAUGUGUGUGCCAGGAUUAUUUUGCUGUCAUUUGGAAUAUAUAAGAAACCAUUUAAAUGAACAAAGUUUUAUGGUCAGGGUUCCAUGCGUUUUGUGGUUCCACAAUUAGAGAUUUGCUACAGAAUCUUUUGCCAUUAAGUUAUCUUCAGAAAUCUCAGUUUUAGUCUUGUUUCUGUUUUUGUUUCUGUCACAAGGAGAUCUGCAGAAACGUAUACCAUUAAUCAGUUAAGGAAUGCCUACCUAAAUCUGUAAGGAGCUUGAAACAAUCUCUUCUCGAGGUGUAGGCUGUCCUGGUCAUCUCACAGUYUGAGAGCUCCAUAACUGCAUGUCUGAAAUUUGUCAUAUUUUUUCACAGUGCCACAUGCAACCAGCAUUUUUGCCAUAGAAUGCUUUACAUCUUAGCAGAAACACCGAUGGUGAUGUGUUUUGCCUUCCUGCUGUAUUGGGAUUCAUUGAUAGGUGCCUGUCAUGCUCUGGACUACUCCCCACAAAGGAGGGGCUUUGUCAUCUGUAGCAGGAUGCUCUUUUGUCAUUUGACAAAACCAGGCAGAGGGUGAGUUUUGAAAGGCUUGAGAGCAAGUGUGAUUCACAGACACAGAAGAGGGAAGGCAGGGAGCUCUGGGUGCUCUGAAGAUUAGAAAAUGCAGCAAAGGUCAAGACCAGGAGAGCUGAGURUGUGAACUGUCGAAGAUCAGAUCCACAGCAUGCAGAAGAUUUGGGGUGCCCUGCUGUAGACACAGGAGGCCACAUCUGUGAGCCACUUAGUGGAAGUGAAGAUUUGAGACAAGGUAAAUCAGUGGAUGUUUUAAGUUCUAGUUAAGCACGUUUGGGAGGAAUGGCAUUGAAAUUAAUUCKUGAAGAUACAGUGCGUUAGUGCAAUUGCAAAACUUGGUUUUGUUGUGCCAACUGUUUGACCUGCACAAGAAACUGAAGUUCCKCCAUUUUCACCACUGACCCACACAAGCUGGUUGGAAGCCAGAACCCUCCAUGAGGUUACUGUAAGGCAGAAAUAUGGAUUUAUAACUCCUUUGGCACUUGUACUUGAAAGUUAGAAAAUAGUACCAUAACUCAAGCUGAAGCUUCAAAGCAUGAAUCAUCUGAAGAAUGAUCGCGCAGUAUUGGAUCCAUCGAAUCUAUCUGAUAAUUUAAGUGCCUAUAACUUUGUACUGUAAAUCUUGUUCUAGAUAACUUUAAAAAGGGAAGUUAUUUAUACAGUGUGUUUUGUGCUUUAGUAGGAAAAAAACCCAAGAAAAACCAAGAUAUACCUAAUCCUAAGUACAUGUGUACAAUUACAUAUAUGCACACACACACAUGCCAGAUUWAAACUUCAGAUUGAUCUAUGCCAGAUUAUUUGUUAUCUUAAAAUAUAUACAUGGGUAUUAUUUUCAUGUGUUUAAAUUUCCCUUGAAAAUACAACUGAUAGAAAGCAAUGUAACACAGAACUAAUGUGAUUUGUGAACCAAUACAGCCUUCUAGCAUGUUACUUUUUUGUUUUCAUCCUAUAGUUCCCAUAAUGUAAAUGGUCAGGCAAAAGAUUGCAGUAUUUUUAUUUUCUAUUGUGAUGUACAGACUUUAUUUAACAGUUCUACAUAUUUUAUAGAAAACUAGCUAUUUCGAGGGACUUUUUUUUAAUAAAGUCAUUACUUUUGUUUAGUAAUGCCUUUAAGUAUUAAUAUGUAUUCUGGCUGAAAAGUUCAUAGGUGUGUCAACUUUAACUUAUUUGAAAACAGCAAGAGAUAUACAAUAUUGUGCCACAAUCCUCAUGAUAAAGGGCUUUUUAAAAAAAAAGUUUCUCCGUCCAUUGACAAGAAAUAUGUGAUGAUUUUGAAAUUGUUAAUCAUGUCUUCGCACAUAAUUUUUGCACAGGUAGUUGGAAAAUUUUUGGUAUAAGCCAAAAAAAUGUAAGGGAUAAGCUUUUUUAUUUCCUUCUCUAGAAUUUUUUAUCAAUAAGAAGGAAAAAAUGUUUAUGUAGGUACCCUGCUAGCUUAAACUUUCAAAGCAUGGAGGUCUGUUUAAAUUAACCCCGUCCUAUUUAGGAUGAAUCUGUCAUUUGUUUUAGAAGUUGCCACAUCGUUACGAGCUGUAAACACGUUUUGAGGAUUUUUUUUUUUUUAGUUCAUUUUCCCAAGUCUUUAGGACACCCUGCUGAAAGUAUAAAUUUUAAUAGUUUGUUAUUUUUCACUUAUUUCCUUUUCCAUUGUUUAGGUAUAUGCAAGGCAAUAGGAUGGUUAGACCCCUUAGGACCUAAUUUAAUUUACACUUUUACUUUAGCAUAGAGUGAACUGACUGCUGCUGCUGAUUUUUUGAGAGAAAAAACCAUCUUUUUUGCCUUAAAUGUAAUUUUUCAGCUUUUCAGUUAGUCUGUUCAUACUCAAAUGUAUCAUGCAUGUGCUGAACAGGAGCUUCCUUGAUUCUGAUACUCCAUGAAAUGUUAAGACUAAAGGAUGUCUAUACUGAUACUUUAUUUGUAUCAGUACAGUAAUUGAUAACAAUUAUUUGGGGAAAAGAAUGUGUUUAAAGUCAGCCUCCUAAUUUUUACAUAAUUAAACAUAAUUAAUGCAGACUCCAAAGGUAAGUUGUUACUUUAUGUGAUCCUGUAGAGUUCAGAAACCCUUAAGGACAGGGAGGGUUAUAGAUUUCUUCUGUUGGACUGUGAUUAAUCUCAUUUUGCUGGUGAAAAUUUUAAGCAUUUGUCAUCCAAAAAAAUUUCCUCCAAAACUGCAAAUGUAUUUUCAUUCUUUUUUGUUUGUCUAAUACAAAAAUCAACUGUGUGAWAAAUAUCUUGGGGAGUAUCAAGACCGCCUUGGAAGUUCUUAAACACUCAUAAGGAUGGAUUUUUUUGUAUUUAACCUGUUCCUGAGAUUUUAGUUAGAUGGAAAUAAUUGGAGUCACUUGAUUCUUAUUGUUACGACAACUAAAAUGAAAGUUUUUGUGUUCCUGGUUAACUUGUAAAUUCCACCAGAAAUGUGUUAGUCCUACAGAAAAAAAUUGGCUUACAUUCUGAGUUUUACUUAAUGUAUUUUUUCCUCAACAAACAGACAGUUUUCCCAAUAUCCAACACUUUUUCCCAUUUAUUUUCUUAAUUAGUCUUUUUUGAGGUCUUGAAUGAAAUGUAAAAUUAAUAUUUUAAGUUACCUCCAUAGUAGUCUAGAAUCGAAUUUCAGAUCUUGAUCUAAAAUGACCAUUUGAAUGUGUUUAUAAAACAAAUCAUUCGGAUACAUUUCAUCUACUCUCUCUUAACAGACUGUAUUUUAAUGGUCUAAAGUGUUUGAAGAGCAGAGAUAUAAAGUUAAAAAAAAACAUUCUUUUGCUAUUGCAGAUAUUUUUAAAGGGAAGUUACAUGCACAUCUUCUGUGAAAUAUUAAGAUGAUUAAGCCUUUCCUCAUUCUCCUGACAGUGCCUCUGAGUCCRAGUGUUUAUCCUGUGCCCACAAUCUUUAUUCCCAGUAGGGGUGAUGUCUAAGAACAGCUGGCAGUGUUGUACAGUACGGUGCUUUAUGGAACCAUGGCAAUCAGCUGUGGUUGUACAGCAGAAGUAGAGGGCACAUUACUUCUGAUAUUUGACAAAUCUAAUGUAAUUGUUGCUUUGUAAUAUUUUACUGUUUAAUGCAAUUAUAGAAGCCCACAUCAUGUAGUGACAUUUGUGCUCUGACAUGACAUGCCCAAAAUGAAAUGUACUAUAUUGUAUACAAGAAGAAUAAAUAACAUUGUAGUUAACCUAGAGAAGAUGUAAAUAAAAUAUGAAAGAAGAAUGGAACAAGACAAAUGGUCACACUCUUGUGUGUUAUAUGCCAGAAGUGUAGAAUACUACUUUAAAAAUGUAACACACUAAUGUAUUUUGUACAGCAUCUGCUUUAGAAGGUGCCUUAUUGAGUUUACCAUUAAUUGCUUGUUCUGUACACAGAUUAUGUCCAAUGUAUCAUUUUUAAGUAAAUAACCUUAUUUUAGUACACAUUAGUAAUGUGUUUUGUUACUAUAAGAUUUUGCCUUAAAAGUGUAAUGACUUGGAAAUCAUAAUACUGUAACUAAAUAAUUCCCUACUUUUUCAUACUUCAUUUAUGGUUUCCCCCUCAGUCUCUGAAUAAGUUGUCAGUUAUUGCUUUCAUUGGUCAGUGGUGUUGAGAAUUAUUUGGUGCUCUGUAAGUUCAGGCUUUCUUCUUUGCACUAAACUUGUGUGCAACGGUAAAAAACAGUGUUUCCUUCUCCUGAUUUUUAUCCCUGUGUUGCAGCAAAGCCAGAAGCAAGUCAAAAUCAAAUAAUGCUUCUAUUUGAACAUAUGCAAGCUCCCUACAUGUUGGUUUUAUCCAUAUAAAUUUGCCUCAAACUUAUCAAGUAAAAAGAGAAAAAAAUAAAGGGAUGGGGAAUUUUGUAAUUGYUUUUUGUUCCCUCUGUGUACAAUGUUCUUUUUGUGUAAUGUAUCCAAAUUAAGAGAUUUUAGUUUAAUAUGAAUACGUACUGUUUGCUGGAAGAAUAUGCAGGUGCCUCUCUGUGUCCUGCUAAAUUCACUCUGGUUUUUAUGAUUCGACCAAAUGAAGAUCAGCCAAGGGGAUAUCUCGCUUGUGAGUGCACAAUUAUAUAAAUGUCAGAAUUUGUUUUCUAAUUGCAGAAAUGCAUUGGCUUCUAUUCUUCAUAGAGUUCACCUUUCAUUUGUAAGGAGGAAGAAGUAAGAUCAGUUUCUGUUCUGUUUUGGCCUUUAAUCAGGUAUAAUCUUAGAUUUAAAUAUUUUUUUUUUUUACAGCAGCUAGAAAGGUUUGGUAUCUGAACAUCAUACAAACUGUUACUCGUAAAUUACUAAGACAAUUAUAAACCUUUAUUUGUUUCCCCUAUACAAUCAAGUGUUAAAUUCUUGCAGUAGAGUUCUGGAAAGUGCAGUGGAAAUAUUAGAUGAUGUAAUUUCAAACUUUUCUUUCCUUAAUACAUAACAUCAGGAAAUUGGACUACACAAAGUUUUGGUCUCCUUGAAUUAGUAUCUUGGCAAAGUAAACCUUUUUCCUAUGGCUGUGGCCACGAUGUUGUUUGUGGGAUGUCCUCACUGAUUGCAGCGGUCGUGGUUGGAUUUAAAAGUGGGAUUUCAUGUCGGCGUUGCAGGAGGACAUAAUGAAAACUGGGUAAAUGUUUGUGCCCAGCCGUGUGUAAUGAGCAGGUUCCUCCCGGUGGUGUUUGGCGAAACGGCCACAGGGUGCUGCUGUAUCCUAAAGGAAGAGCUUUCGGCAAAAAACUGGGGAGUUCUGAGAAGUGAAACGCAGUUCA